CAAAAUAUCCACAUCCAUAAACAGAAUCUUAAAUCGUUUCUCGGUCGUAAUCGAUUCUAAACCAAUUUUUAGAUAUACCCCGGGCUCCAAAGAAUAAUUUCGGUUAAUAAUCGUAGGACUGCACUCUAAUGAAGGAGGAGUCAAAGCUACGGCGCUCAGCUCCGGUUGAUGUUUGCCCGGAAACGUCACCGAGGGGCAAGACCGGGGAGCGUGAUCGGCGUACCGUGCGCGGGGAGUUAACUGCGGGAUCGCGGCCAGGGAAGAGAUGGAUCUAUAACCAGACUGGAGAGAAUAAAUUACAGCCAAGACACUAGAGCUCGGACAAGUCGGCGAGGUUUCCGCCUGUGGACGAACGUGUCGCAGCUGAACGAAUCACUCUGUCUAUCUUGCAAGAAGCCCACGCCUCUGCAGACAUGAUCACAGCAAUGCAGCAGGUCCUGGACAACCUGGGUGACCUGCCCUCAUCUGCUGGGGCCAAGGACAUCGACCUCAUCUUCCUCCGCGGCAUCAUGGAGAGCCCCGUCGUUCGCUCCCUUGCCAAGGCUCACGAGCGAUUGGAGGACGUCAAGCUGGAGGCCGUGCAGGAUAGCAAUGUGGAACUGGUGUCGGAGAUCCUCGGGGACAUCAGCGGCUUGAGCGGCAGAGACGACAGUGCGGCAGAGCUCUCCCAGAUCCUCAAGGAGCCUCACUUUCAGUCGCUGUUAGAGGCCCACGAUAUUGUGGCUUCCAAGUGCUACGACUCCCCGCCCUCCAGCUCGGGGCCUGAGGACGACGCGGCUGUGAUGAGCAGCCCGCCGGUGCAGGCCGACGCCAUCAGGAUGAUCGGCAUCCGGAAGAAGGCGGGGGAGCCGCUGGGUGUGACGUUUCGGGUGGAGAAGGACGAGCUGGUUAUCGCCCGCAUCCUGCACGGCGGCAUGAUAGACAGGCAGGGCCUUCUGCACGUGGGCGACAUCAUCAAAGAGGUGAACGGCCGCCAUGUGGGCAGCAACGCCGCAGAGCUGCAGGAGCUGCUGAAGGAGAGCAGCGGCAGCGUUACUCUCAAAAUCCUGCCCAGCUACAGGGACGCCCCGGCCCCUGCGCAGGUGUACGUAAAGCCACACUUCGACUACAACCCGUCAAAGGACAGUCUUAUUCCCUGCAAGGAGGCCGGCCUGGCCUUCUGCAGGGGUGAUAUACUUCAGAUCGUCAACAAGGAAGAUCCCAACUGGUGGCAGGCAUGUCACGUUGUAGGCGGGGCAACUGGACUUGUCCCCAGUCAGUACCUGGAGGAGAAGAGGAAGGCUUUUGUCCCAAAAGACUGGGAUGAUUCGGGGAUGCUGUGCGGGGCGAUGAGCGGAAAGAAGAAGAAGAAGAUGAUGUACUUGAUGGCACGAAAUGCAGAGUUCGACCGACACGAGCUGCUGAUCUAUGAGGAGGUGACCAGGAUGCCCCCGUUCCAGAGGAAGACGCUGGUCCUGAUCGGAGCGCAGGGAGUGGGCCGGCGCAGCCUGAAAAACCGACUGGUCGUGCUCAACCCGAAACGCUUCGGAACCACUGUCCCCUUCACCAGCAGGGGGCCCCGGAACGACGAGCGGGAUGGACACUCGUACCGCUUCGUGACGCGGGCGGAGAUGGAGGCGGACAUCAAGACGGGCCAGUACCUGGAGCACGGAGAAUACGACGGGAACCUUUACGGAACCAAGAUAGACUCCAUCCAUGAAGUGGUGAAAACUGGACAGACCUGCAUCCUGGACGUCAACCCUCAGGCCCUGAAAGUUCUGCGGAUGCCCGAGUUCAUGCCGUACGUGGUGUUCAUCGCCGCGCCGGAGCUGGAGACACUGCGGCUCAUGCACAAGGCGGCGGUGGAGGCGGGGCUCACUGGCAAACUGCUCACGGACAUGGAUCUUAAGAAGACUGUGGACGAGAGCGCGAGGAUCCAGAGAGCUUACCGGCACUUCUUUGACUUGACGAUUGUCAACGACAAUCUGGACCAGGCCUUCGAGAAACUCUUGGCUGUGGUGGACCGGUUGGCCAAUGAGCCGCAGUGGGUCCCCGUUAGCUGGGUCUACUGAGUGGAGCCUCCUUCAGGGAGUCAAUGGGCGCACUUCCUGGAGACCGUAUACUCACACGAUUGGACGAGGUAAUGGGGGUUAAGCCCCGCCCACCCAUAGCCCCGCUCCCUGUGUUAAAGGGCCACACUCAGUGUACAUUAUCAGCAACUUUUUCUACUUAUGCUCAAAGGGAUAAAGAAUACUUAUUUAUUUUAAUAUUUACAGCUUUUUACUGGGUAACUUUAUAUUCAUCAACUUGAAAUUUAAAACAAGUGAAUUUGGAUGCUACUGUUUUUUAUUUAUUGUUUGUAUUAUAGCUGUUAAUCAGCUGAAGCCAAAAAUUUUGUCUUGCAACAGACUUUUGAGAAUAAUAUAUAUUGGUACGUCUAAAAUUGAUCACUUGUUGGAGAACAGUACACUACAGUACCUUAGGGGUUCAGUACCCUAACUGUGACUAAAUCACAAGACAGUCCUUUAUGGUCGCUACUCCCCUUCCUGUGUGUACCAGUCUCUGACUGUACACCAAACUGGACCAGAAUCCGCACCAUUACAGAAGCUUCUCCGUGUGGAAAGGACUCAUUUUAAUACUUCUUUUGCCCUAGGCAGAGUAGAGAACAUUGUGUGUGAUUUGUCCUGCUUGUUUGUUGACAUUAUGGUUUUUAGCUUGUUUACAAUAUCUGUUGCUUUUUGUGUUUGGAUGCAACAUUUUCUUGGUGACCCUUUACUUAAUAUGUAUGUGAUUUGGGUUUAAAUGUUGCCAUUCCCAUUCUCUGGUAGUGGUAUUCCUUUAAUAAUGAUAAUAUAACCCAGUGUUUCCCAGUCCGGUCCUCAGGGAUUCCUAGCCAGUCCACGUUUUUGCUCCCUUUCAGCUCCCAGACGGUCCAGGUUUUUGCUCCCUCUCAGCUCCCAGA